AUGGCCACCCUCGACAUGCUCAAGUCGGCUCUUAGGCGACAAGCCACCAUGCAAGAGUCAUCCCCGAAACAGUCACUGUCAGACAGCCAGUACAGCGAUGGCUUGGACAUCUUGCUACAGGGAACAGGUUGGAUGACGUACCAAGGCUUUAUUAUCCCUCAACUUUCUGAGCUGCUACGCUCUCUCUCCAACUCACAUAUGCGUAUCUCAGUGCUAGAAAUCGGACCCGGCUCCAAGAGCGUGUUUGGAUAUCUGCCCGCUCAUACGAGACGGAGGAUCAGGAAAUAUUGUGCGUUCGAGCGUAAUGAACUGCUCGCUACAAGGUUGGAGGACUGGUUUCGCUCAACACCAGAGACGGAGGCCCCGCUGCCCUGUCUGGAAAGCCCGCCAAAUAUCCAUCGAAUGGCUUUCGAUCUGGACAGCAAAAUAAAGAGUGACACUGGUACUAGGACGCGUGAGAGCGAGGAAAAGUUCGACGUCAUCCUAUUCUGUCACAGCAUGUAUGGCAUGAAGCCUAAAGUCGCGUUUAUUAAACGAGCGCUAGAGCUUGUUGAGCGGUCCGCAGGAAUCGUGGUGGUUUUCCAUCGCGACAAGACUCUACACCUUGACGGGGUGAGAAAUGAGGACGAAGUGCUAGACUCUUUUGCUCCUUUCAUCGCGGGGUUUGUCAUGCAGGACGUGGAGGUGGAUAAGGCUCUCCGAGUCGAAUGGUGUGAAAUAUGUCGCGUUUUGGGCCGUCGGGAGGACGCCCACCCAGACCAUCUCACAUUUGAAUCGCCCAACAUAAUGGUGGCCUUCACCCAACAUGCGACCAGUUUGCCGGAGCUGAUGGCGCAGGUGCCAUUGUUGGAGGGGGACAAAACAGCCAAGAAUUGGGAGGCUCGCCUUCACCAUCCCGCCUUGGUUGUUAGGCCUGCAGAGAUCACACACGUUCAGCACGGCCACUGUCAACUUUCAAACGUCGUCUCGAUCGACAUGAGCGCCUUUGACAAAGUACACAUUCUUAAAGCCGGGGAUUGUGGACGAGAGUCUGGUCACGAUGAUGUUCCCUUGGUCAUCGCCGAGGCCGGCUGUAAGACGGGUGAUAUUAUCCGCAAGACCAUGGAUGCGGGCAUGACCGUGCCCUUAGGGGCUCGCCCAAGUGUAGGCGCCGGGCUAUGGCUACAAGGCGGCAUUGGACACCUAGCUAGGAUGUAUGGGCUCGGGUGCGACGCUAUCGUCGGUGCCGUGAUAGUCAGUGUCCACUCUAGCCAGACUUAUUACAUCGGCCAUGUGCCAAUCCAACAUCGACCUACCGAUGCCGUGCGCCCGGAAAACGAAAAAGAGCUUUUAUGGGCAAUAAAGGGCGCUAGCACCAACUUUGGCAUCGUACUCAGUGUCACUUUCAAGGCUUAUGCGGCUCCGACCUUCUGGACUCGAAACUGGUUUAUCCCGUUGAGUGACGGCCUUGAGAUACGGCAUAUGCUUAGCGACUUUGAUAGCCUAACCACUGGGAAGCUCCCCCAGAACUGUUCUGCAGAUGGGUAUUUGUACUGGAACACCGGGAAACUGCAUCUUGGCGUGACCAUACUCGAAGCCUGCACGACUGGGUCAAGGACUUUGGGGCCUGAAAAUACUGAUCGGGCUCUGGACAGCGUCGAUUUGUUCGAAGCUGAGUUGUAUAUGACCGAAAUGCGCAGCGCGCAUGCCAAGAUCAAGACCUCCUCGUUCAAGCGCUGUUUAUUCUUGAAAUGCGUCGGAGGAUUGAACGUCGCUGGGAUCUUGGAGGCAGCCAUGAAGACUCGUCCCUCGCCACUCUUAUAUCUCCAUCUGGUGCAAGGUGGCGGGGCUGUUAGCGACGUGGCAGCCGAUGAAACUGCUUUUGGUUGUCGAGAUUGGGACUUUGACUGCGUGUGGGUGUACAACGUCGCUCGCGACUUACUGCCGGUGAGUAGCGGAGUUUACGGCGCAGACCUAGGGCCGGAUUUUCGAGACGCCACGCUAGCUGUCAAAGCUUUUGGAUCCAACCUAGCACGACUGUCUCACCUCAAGCAUAGGGUAGACCCGCACAAUGUGCUAGCUUAUGCCUGCCCACUCCCGAAAGAGACGCGGAGACCGAAACUUAUUAUCCUAGUCACAGGAGCGAGCGGUGCCGGAAAGGACUAUUGCGCCGGUAUAUGGGUCUCCGCCCUCCUCAACUGUACCCAUAAAUUCCUUACAGUACGCAUAGCUAGCAUUAGCUCUGCGACCAAGCGGGAAUACGCGGCGGCUACUGGUGCAGACCUGAACCGCCUACUUCAGGACCGUGCCUACAAAGAGGAGCAUCGGCCAGCUUUGACGGCAUUCUUCCUGGACCAGGUGCACUAUCGACCUCGGCUACCAGAGGAUCAUUUUUUAAAUGUGGUAGACAGCGCCGGGGACGCGGAUGUGUUGCUGAUCACGGGGAUGAGAGACGAAGCACCAGUCCCAGCCUACUCGCAUUUAGUGCCAGACAGCAGAGUACUUGAUGUUCGUGUUGAAGCUAGCAAAGAGACGCGGCGUGCUCGCCGGAGGUGUCACUCAGGUGACGGUGAUAUGCCAACGGUCAAGCCCUUGGACUACCGUCCCAGUCUCGUCUUCAACAAUGACGCGAGCGGAAACGAGGAAGCGAAAAGAUUUGCCGAUGACUACCUGCUUCCCUUCUUCGAUGAAAGCCUUCUCCGACUAGCCAACAUGGUGCGUCCGGCACCCGAUUUUCCACGCCUGGGUGUUGAGUUUCGUCAUGUGCUCAACAUCUCCCAGCAGCCGGGUGGCCUGGACUUAUGUGCCUCUCUGCUGCAGACUCACUUCAGCGGUGACUGGACCAAAAUCGGAGCGAUCGCAUGUUGUGAGACUGGCAGCUUUAUCUUUGCGUCGGCGUUAGCCUUGAGGGUCGGUGUACCCUUGGCACUGAUUCGCGAAGCUGGGAAACUGCCCCCACCUACUGUGUCUGUCCUCAAACAUACAUCACACAUAUCCAAUUCAAAUGAGAAGAAAAUCGAGAUAGAACGGGGUUUGAUCCCCAAAGGCACAUCGGUAGUAGUGGUGGACGACGUGCUUGCCACGGGAAAGACACUUUGCGCGGUGUUACAGCUUUUAGGUGAAGUUGAAAUUGCUGACGCCAGCGUCAUGGUCGUCGGCGAGUUCCCUGCUCAUCAUGGUCGGGAACUGUUGCGCCAGCAUGGGUUUGGCGUUAAUAUCCAAAGCCUUUUAGUCUUUGAUGGUGCCUAA